GGCAUCUGAAGUUUGCUCCCUGGGCAGUUAUCGUUGGCAAGGCCUAUCUCGCUCAAGUAUCAGCUCUUCAAUUCAUUAUCAGAAUCAUUAUAAUUAUACUGGAACAUAUUUGAUGAUGGCGAACCGCAACCUCUACCUCACGUACAAGAAAGACACCAGUCGACUGUUGUAUUGGGUCAUAAACACGUCCAACGGCAUUAUACAAUCCGGGAAACUUGCAGAAGAGAAUGCAUCGCUUACAAUCAAUUCCACCGGGCAGAUGACUGUUGCCGAAAUCGUCGACAUGUGCAGCCUCAUCAGCAACCAUCUCGACCCAGUGCCACCCGCCGUCUUUGAACUGUUUCGGGGGGGUCAUUAAAGCACGAUCUGCGAUGUAUGCUGUCUUCCAGCAGAUGACAGACGCGAACCCCGACCCGGAAAUUGAGAGAAAGAAUGUUACCCAUAAACAUUUCAUCGACGCACUGUCGGAUGCUCUGGUAGCGCUCGGUGGUGACCCACAAAGCGCAAGUAACUUCUCUUCCGUUGAAGAAGGCGCCCCAGACGAGGCCAUCUUCCAAAACAAAUUUGCUGCUCUCAGUCUUGGCCAAUUGAAAGAUGAUGAGGAUGAUGGAGGUUCAUCAGAAGACGAUGAUCACCCAACACAGACACGAACACGCAAGAAGAAGGCCGGAAGAGGAAAGAAAGGAAAGCGAAGCAGGAGGUCUAAGAAGAAACCGGCUUCUGGAUCCACCGAGAAGCCUGCAAUUGCCGAAGUCCCCGUCGAGAGCUAUCGCAUCAUUGAAGACAAAGAUGGCCUCAUCUCUGACUAUCUCCUGGCCGUUUAUGCAGUUGCCGGGGAAUGGGCGGAUUUGAGAUCCUUCACUCAAGAUCUCUGGCGCGAGGUAGCUUAUGAUGGCCUCAACGGUGCCGUGGCUGCGGCUUUGAAUAGUAUCGCUGUCUCCAUGGUCAAACAGACAUGCAUUGCCGUGUUUGCGGAUUUCCCAGGCCACGAAUCCUACGACACCAUCAUGCAAACAAUUACAAAGGGUGACAGAGAAAAAGCCCAAACUCAAUUUUCCAUGAGGCUGUACCGCGUCUCCGAUUGCGGUCAGGCUGAGAAAGUUCAGGAGAGAUACAUUGAUGUAAAGGAACAGCUCUGGGUGCACGCUUAUGACGAUCUAUUGACUUUCGUCCUUGAUUUCCAGAAGAACAGAACUGGAAAACCCACCAAAGCGCUACAAUUGCAGCUCAAUAGGUGGAGCCCAGAAUUUGAUCUCCAACGCGCCACAAACGAGGAGCGAGUCAGCUGGCGCCGGUUGUACACUAUCAGUCGGCUUUACGAUCUAGUGAAUGUGUUUUCUUCCGUUGUAGUUCAGCAGAACAACUUGGAAGGCGAGCACCAUGUGUAUGAGGAUGUAGACUGGUCUACGACCGGUCCAUGGGGUCAUCGUCGACGAAUCUUCGGAUUAGAAGAGUUUGCUGGCGACAUCACCGCGCUCGCCAUGCAGAAAUCGAGCACUGAUGUCCGGAGAAAGAUCCUCCCCACCAUGUUUUUCAACUACAAUGCAUUUCCUCGUCGUGACGUCGACCGCUUCUUAGACCGCAACCAUCUAAGAGCCGGCCACGGGUUUAUAAAAGCAGUGAAUUUAUUGAGGCUAUUAUUGCAGAAAGAUGCCAAUGCAAAGCAAGACCCGAACCAUCAUGCGGGAUACUUUGGCAUCUUUGAUGAGAUCAAAAGUGAUUUCGCCAAUUGGUUGGGCGAAUCGCUAUACAGGAACGGUCUUGCCACUAUACCGCCAUCGCGAUUCUCCAGACACAAUUCCAAUGGCUUGUGGGAGUAUUCUCCAUUGCUCUGUGCGGCCGGCUUGGUAGAAGGACUCAUUAUCAAUCAGCGCAUGAUCAUGCAUCUUUGGGACAACAUUUCUGAACCUGCUUUCGGGCUUCACUUGCACAACAUGCUCGUCAAGAAGAAAUAUCUGAAAAAAGAAGUAGGCAUAUUACACCUCUUUCAGGUGCUCUACCAGGACUCAUUCUUUCCCGGAGGUGUGCCGACUGACGACUUUCAUGGCGCAUUCCUGGCUCGAACAGAGCAAUUCGACAACAGUCCUGCGCGAGAGCGCGAACGUCUCAAGAAAAUCAAAGGCACAAAGGAUAUUCACCGACUUAUGGAUCUAGAAUUGAAUAACUUCUUUAGGGAGCGAUCGACGCUUCUGGCAUACUAUGAUGCCAACUGGGUGCCCGAGCAAAUUCCAGACAGCGUCAUCAGGAUGCCAUCAUACUUAUACGUGCUUCGCUUGAGAGGCACCGAACGAGAGAUUGAUCCUGCCACUGGCGAAAAACGACUCAAGCAGACCGAGCUUGUCAAACGCGCCAAAGCGCGAGGACAGACCGAUGCCGAGCUGCUGGACGAGGCGUCAGACGCGACCCCAAUUUUUGCACCAAGCGAGGGGGCUGAGGAAGCCGCGAAGAGACUCGUUACCGACACCGACUUGAAGGAAUUCAAAGCUCGCGAGAUGCGCAAUCCGUAUCGCGUUUCGGAACUGAAGGAUCGUGGACAGUUGCAAGGGCGUGCUCUACUCGAAGUGCUCCGCCUUGACAUAUUCGCCGAUGUCUGCGGCAGAGACCCGAUGUCUAGUCUCAACUAUGUAUGGUUCACCUGCUACCUUCUGAUUCUAUUCGGGAAGAUAGAGGACCAGCUUCGGGAGGCUCGUAAUCCGCUUUGGGUGCAGAUGUACCAGCUUACGUCGCCCCGCUUCAGACACCAUAGCAGACUUUCAAUGCUUAUGGCAGCUAUGGCUAAUGACAAUAAGGAAGCCUUGGAAAUAUGUGCUAAGAUUUUUGAUACUUUCAGAGUGGGCGCGAAAAGUUGCAUCUUCUGGGAAGAUUUGCGUAUGGAGGAUGGCUUGAAACCUCAACGGGAUAAGGACGACAUCCCUGAUGGGCAGUGCUCGGUCAUGUGA